AUGCUCAAUGGUUCCUCACUAGCCGCCGCUUCUGUUGGCGAUGUGGAGUUGGGGGUGCCGUAUGGAGCCUGGGAGUCUCCUGAAAUUGAAGAAAUUGCGGUACCUACAGAUUUUGCAGAGUCUGCAAUGCCUAGUCACAAGGGAUUGAAGACGAUUGUCGUGGGGUUGGUGUUAUUGCUGUUGUUUCUGACUUUAACAGAGUGGCGUGUGAAGGGAUCCCAGAAGAAUGGCAGUCUUUUGUCACGAAUUCAAGAUGCACAGGAUUCAACCGCAGCCCUUUUGAAUUCUCCUGUACAAGAGUUAAACGCGCACCUUGAGAGAGACGGAAAGGCGAUGAGUGUGCGCCUCUUGCUUUUCAUGACAUUUAUCAUUUGUUUAUUUAUAGGCACAAUGGAAUUAGCAUUUUCUCUAGGCCGUAGAUACACCCAACGCGCUUCUUUCCCUGUUCUGAAGAGGGCCCAGGUUGUAGGAACUUUCGCCGCACUCAUGAUAUUCCUCUCCCUACUUGGCAUCUUCGGGACGUGGACGAUGCUCCUUGAGGGGAACAGCAUCGUUUCUCGGGUGUACUGCAGCAGCAGCAGCGACAGCACCACUUCUGCCUUCCCAGCAGCAGCAGCAGGGGAUCUCUGUCUCAGGCGAUCUCCUGUCUCCAGACAAAAAAGAGGAAAGGACACACCCACAACUUCGUAUUGCACCAGCAACCCACAGCAAUGCUACCCCCAAGGCCUCACAAAUUCAGCAGCAUCAGCAAGAGCAGCAGCAAUAGGAGCUGGUGCAGCAGCAGCAGCUGCAGCUACAGCAACUGCAAAAGCAGUUGUAGUGCCAGUAGGAGCAGCAACAGCAUCUGGGCUGUCUCCACAUACGGUUGUCCGUCUGCGUGCAACGGGAGGAACAUUUUGCAUUUUUAAAAGAUUAAAUGGUUGUGCUUCUUGA